AUGGAUACGUCUCGUGGAGAGGCUAAAGAAGCUAAUGGAUGUGAAAGUAAGGCCAUUGUUAGUGUGAGCAGCGGCGAAAUCGAAGAUCAGGUUUAUGAGGAAGAAGAAAGUGAGUCACAGUGUUUGUUGCCUCCAAGGAAAGGAGGAAUGUCGAGAAGUACUGACAAGAUUAAGAGGACUGUGCAGUGGAAUGACAACAAAGGAGACAAUCUUGCUGAGGUUUUAGUAUAUGAACCAAGCGAAGUAAGCGAUACAGAUGACGAUGAAUCAGAUUCCUGCAUCUGCACAAUUAUGUAG